AAUGUCACGAACAGUAUUUCAGAAAUCUCGAGAUUCCAUACCGAGAUCGAGAUGUCUCCGUCAAUAUCCCGAAUUUUUCUGUUUCUAUUUCUUCGAUUAAUCGUCACGAGGUCUUUGAACGUCGAGGAAUCAUUAAAAACAGCGGAUCAAUUACUCGAGGAUAGUUUAAAACGAUUUCCACGCGAUUCUGUGGAUGUUUCUCCGAUUUGGAUGGAAUACGAAUUUAACAGCGGGGUUGGAAACAGAGAAGAACUAGUCGUGACAGACAUAUCCAUUCAAGAAUUCACGAAUUUACCGAAAGGAGUGAAUUGGCAGUUUUUCGAAAUAAAUGGCACCAGUUACUUGGCUUGCGCCAAAACAUCUAGUCUCUCGUUAUACAAACUGGAUUUGGAUAACGUGAAAGUUAUAAACAAUGUUGAUAUUAACAUCAAGGGAAAUGUAUUGACGUUUAAAAUGAUUCAUUUGAGUUCAUUUAACGUGGUGGCCGUUUUGUGCGUGGAAUCGUCGAAUGGCACCUCGUUGCAAUGGUACAGACUCGUUGACGAAGAUUCUUUUCAAUUCUUCUGGUCCUGGCCGGUACAAAAACAGGUACAAGAUAUGGAGUUCGUUCAACAGGGAGAUGAAAAUAAAUUGUUGCUUCUGGAUGCUGAGGAAGUACUUUUCGGGCAAGAAUAUUCGUCUGUCGAUGUCUAUGGCUUCAGCAUCGAUUUUCCCAACUAUGAUUUCAACUUUUGGCUCUAUCAAAGUACUUUAGUACCAAAAGCAUUCGACAUUCAAGUGUGCUCCAUUUACGAAAGUAUUUCCCUUGCUCUUCGAGGAGUAAACGACGUCCGUCUGUACGAAUACAAGGCCACCACAGUAGAAAGUAUCUUUCAGGGGUUGCAAACAAUAAAAUCUCACGAUUUGAGUAACUUCGUUUGCUUCGACAGUGGGUACCUUCAAUUCUUGGCGAUAUCCGGACCUGAAGCCGGACUUUUCAAUUGGGUCGAGGGUGAAUUCCGAUAUAACACCGAUUCUGAGUCUAACUUCGAUAUUUCAGAAAUUUCUUGGGUUAGAGAUAUAAGAUUGAAUACGUACAGGGAUGAAGCAUUGUUGCUGCUUCAAUUACAGAAUAAAACAACGAUAGCUUUAGCCUGGCAAGGUUUGAGCUUCGAAAGAAUACAAUUACCUAGCAAUAUCCUCGAUCAAUUCGAUCUGUCGACGAUUACUCCUGUUCCAAAAUUUGGAUUUUUCGUGGGAGAUCAGUUUGUGAGGUUUCAUGCCGAAUUGAAGGAAUUGAAGCAUCCUGUUCAGUAUACUACAGAAAAAUUACUUAUCUUGCAACGUUUACUCAACGAUACGUUGUACCAUCAAGAGAAGAUCCUGGACGAAACAGAGGCUCGUAUAGAGAAAAGUUACUUGAAAAAUCCAGUUACUGGAUUUUGGAAUCUCAGUUCAGUAAACGCGACUGAUGCAAAUAUAAGCGACGAUGUAAAAUUUCAUUCAGUCACCAUAGGCUCUAAAAAUUUAACAAGGGAGGAACUGGAUUUCAAUGUCAAUGCAUAUGCUGAAGAACUGAAAAAUUUAGAAGAAAACUUGAACGAAAUUGAUUCGAAUAUAAUGAAUGCUGCAGGUUUAAAUUCAAAGGAGCUUCGUUUCGAUUCAGACGUUGAACUGUUUGGAAAUAUUAACAUCACUGGUAGUUUGAAUGUCGAUGAUUUAUCUGUACAAUUUAUCAAUGAUAUCAACGUGAUGGAUAACUUUGAACCUUAUAAUGAAAAUAAGAUCUUCUCUUCAAUCGAAGCUGACAAUCUGACCAUUCGUUCAUUGAAUGGCAUUCCUAUCGAUAAACUCCGUUUCUCUGAUUCCACCUACAACUUCCAUAACGUAAAUUUCUCUAAAAUAAAUAGAGUACACAUAGAUGGUCAUCUUUUCUUCAGCACAAUUAACGGCGUCGAUUGGGAAACGUUGAUGAAGAAUAUUGUAUGGAUUAAUCAACCAGCUUUCAUCCCUGGAAAUACUGUCAUCGAAGGGACACUGACAGCCGAUUCUUUGGACUUGGAUAUCGUGAACGGUCUUUUAUAUCCUGAUGAUUAUGUUUUAAUCGAUGGCGAUAGUUCAGUGAAUGUAACUGGUAUCAAAUCAUUCGAUAAAUUAAUGUUACCUCGUCUGCAGGAGGUGAAUACCUUGAACGGCAUCGAUUUCCAAGAUUUCAUCUUUCUGAACAGGGAUAACGUUCUGAAGAAGGAAAUUACCUUCGAGAACUUGUCGGUGGAUGGACAGUUACAGAUAGAUGGCGAAGUAAGCGGAUUCGAGGGGAAAGGUAUUAAAUUAUUAAACGAAACAUCUGAAACUUUCACCGAUGUUACUUUCUUAAAUUUGAACGUUUUGGGUAACGUCACUUUUGAGACAUUAUUUAUGAACAAACGCUCGCUUAAUUUUGGAGAUUUGUUGUUGAGAACUGAACAGAAUGUUGAAAUUACUGGAACUAAGAUGUUUCUGGGUGAUGUUCAUAUGAAGGCCAAUGUGACCAUCACAAGUGGAAUGGUCAAUGGACAUUUGUUAAAUGAGUUUGUGACUUUGGACACUGAACAAGAAUUGCCAAAUUUGGUAAGAAUAUUACCAAACGUCACGUUUGGAAAUGUAACAUUUGGAGCACUGAAGAAAUUAGAAACUCUUUUCAAAGAAAACUCAAAUGCUUCUAAUAACUGUCUGGAUAAAAUCAUUGUAUUCAAAUCACCAAUAACAGUAGACGAAUUGUCCUUUGAUAAACUGAACAACGAAAUUUCGUACGAAGAUUUCCAGGGAAAACUGAACGAAACUUUCCAAAACAUUCUCUUGGAGAAUUUAACAGCGGACAGAUUAUUUGCGGAUUAUAUUACACCUACUUUCAUAAAUGGCAUCGACUUUGCAAAUUUUACCAAAAGUUUGUUUUCUCCAAAGAUUGUGAACGAAUACGAGGUUGAUCGUUUAGAAACAGAUCAUUUGAACGCGACGUUCAUCAAUGGAAUGUCUCUCGAUGAGAUUAAUGAAUUGAAUGAUCGAUUAACCAUGAUAUUCACAGAAAUUUUCAGUGGAAACGUAGCUUUGGAGUCUCUUCAAGUAACAGGAAACAUCGAGGCGAAUUCAAUAAAUGGAAAAGCUUUGGAAGAUUUAUACAAUGAAUAUCAGACAGGGAAAAUGAUUUUUGAGGAAGAUGUUUCCAUUCGAAAUUUGACGAUUCUUGGACUGAUGAAUGGUUUAAAUUUUUCUGAAUUAGUCUCUGAUACUGUAUUAAAAACUGACACAAAUAUCGUCAUCGAUGGACAUAAAACGUUUGAUGUUGUUAAUUGUGUUCAACUGGAAGCAGCUUCGUUAAAUGGACGUCCCGUGGAAAAUUUGUUCGAUCCUGUCAAGGAACAGACGUUAACAGGCCCUGUAAUUAUAGAUGGUUCUAUCACCGUGCUUAACGAGUUCAAUGCAAUUGGAAGGAUUAAUAAUUUAUCGUUCCAUGAUCUGAUGGAUAGAUUUAAAUCCUUGGGCAAUGAUACCUUUGAACUUCACGGAAAUGUUUAUUUUAACAACAACGUCACCAUAGAACAAUUACAAACUAAUGGAUCUAUUCAAGGAGAAAAUUUCGACAGCUUUUUAAACACAGUGGUUUUCAAAAAUGAGGACAAUGUUAUUAUAUCUGGAAGAAAAGUGUUUGAAAAUUCUGUUACUUUUAAUCGAGGUUUUAUUGUUCAUGAUCAAUUGAAUGAUAUAGACUUGAAGAGGUUUCAGGAGAAGGCUGUGUUCAUCGACAAACCAUUUUCAAUUAAAUCCAAGAUUAUUUUCACUGAUGGAAUCAAAGUGGAAAAUGAUAUUGCUGUUAAAACGAACUUUGAACCGAAAUCUAUUAUGGGAGUCAAUAUUGAAGACUUACGACUUAAUGUUCUGUAUUUAAAUAGACCAACCUAUAUAACAGAUCCCAUUACAGUCACUGAUGUGAAUUUUCUAUCAGACAUCGUAGUGGAGAAGUUCAAUAACAUAGACAUGAAUCUAUUGAUUCCAUUGAAUACCGAGCAAACUAUACCUACAGAAACUUUGAUGUGUCAAACAGUCAAUGUAGAGGAAAUUGAUAUUUUAGGAAUGAUUAAUGGCCAGGAUUUGAAGGAGAUUCAACGCACCACAUUUAUGGUAAAUGGAAAUCAGAAUAUAACAGGGCACUUUAAUUUCCAUGGUCACGUUCACAUGCAACACGAUUUUAAUGCCCAUCUCGUCAAUGGCAUCGAUCCAGCCAAAAUGAUCUCUUUGAAAUCAAACAGCAAAAUAAUAGGAAACUUUACAUUCGAAGAGCCAAUAUAUUUGAACAAGAGCCUUCGAGUACUAGGAUACUUGAACGACAUAGACCCAGUACGAUGGGAGGCAAUGGCAGUCACCACGAACAGUUCUCAGCAACAGAUAGUUUCCGGUACCUGGACAGUACACGGAAACGUCUACUUCGAGAAAGGAGCAUUUGGAAGUGACAUUUUAAACGGCACUGAUAUUACAAAAAUCUCGAAUACUUUGGCAGAGAAGCAUUUAGAAAUGGAUGCUGUAUUGGCAGAGAAAAAUGAAAAUUUGAAAAGUGUCUGUGAAGAUUUGAGGCACCUAAAACACUAUGCAGAGAAACAGAUUUACCAGUUCAAAACGUUCGAUUAUCUGCAGAUCAUCGAAUUCGAUAGCAACAUCGUCAGCGUUCAUUAUUUCGAAUUGGAUCAUCUUGAUUACAUGAUGUUGAGUUUCAACACGUGUCACAUGCACACGUAUAUAUUUACAGGGACGAAAUUCGAGUUGGUGGCGAAAGUGGAGGAUUUUGGGGUGGUGGAACGUUGGUCCACCUUCAGGUACAACGAGAUCUUGCAUUUUCUCACUUCAGGCUCGAAUUCGUGCGGGAGAAGUCCUGUUAAUCUGUGGAAACUGGAGAAUGGUGAAUUUACUCACGUAUUGGAUCUUGGUCACAAUGUGGACAGCAGAAAGAUAAAUGAGGACAUCUUCUUAAUGUUGGUUAAUAGAAAUGAACAAAUGAGAUCCUCGAAAGAAACGAAUGAGAUUUUAGAAAAGUCUCUCUCGUCUCUGGCAGACGACCAGGUGAAAAUCGUUUUAGAAGAUCAGAUGCUGUUGUCUAGUAAACCUGAGAUCUACGAAUACAACGUUGCUCGUUUCGCUAAUAAUAGUCUUCAGAAGAGUGUUAAGAGAGCAGAAGUUUUGAAUUUCAAAGCUGGAGCACUCGAGAAGAAGAUGUUCCUAUAUUAUGAUGAAGAAAUUAGCGAUGAUCGUGUAUUUAUUUGUAAAAAUGGUGAAACACGAAAGAAGAUCGUGCAAACCAUAAAGGCCCAUCGACCAACGUCUUUUACCAUACUCAAUUUCGAAGGAUCAAUCGAAACACUAUUAAUUUUCAUAGAAAAUAGAAUGCUUCUUCAAAUUUAUGAAUACAGAGGUAUCCAAGGGUUCCUGUAUAAAGACAGCAUAAAAAUGGACGUUGACAAAUUAUUCAGCUUUAAAAUCAGAAAAUAUGCCAAUCUAGCGAAACGACACUGUCUUGCCUUGAUUCAUGAUAAUCGUUUAACAAUUCUAGAAGCUGAAAUGUAUGGAGAGAAAUUAGACAUGGAAGAAUUCUCCUGUUUAGAUAAGUAUCAAUGAAACUGCAGAAAAUUGUUCAUUAAUUACUCUGUUAUUCGUAGGUAAUUAAUUAUUGUACAUAUUUAAAUUUAUAAUCAAUUAAAUGUAUCGAAUGUAUGCUUAA